UGUAGUACCUGUAUAGUAUUCACGUGUGGACAGGUGUAAACGCACCGGUGAAUUCCAAGCCGCGAGUGUCUGUUCUUUUUUUAAAACAGGAGGGAGACAAACUCGAUUUUACAAUCCAGUGACAAGAGUCGACAUUUUGAGAUAACUGAUUGAAUUAAGUUUCGCCAACUUCUCACUUUUAUUAAAAGUUUUAACGGAUGUAACUCGAGUGUGACACAUUCAUCAGGCUUGUCGUGUACGCGGGGGAAUUAAAUCAGAAACAGAUUGUCGGACAGGUAGUACAGUGACAGGGUCACCCACGUGAUGGGAUCUGGACAGGUGAGGAGCGGCCUCGGAUAAUACGGACUUGGUGAACCACAUGUGCUUUAAUGGUCAUCUGAACAUUGGAAUACUGCAAUCAACGUUAAAUAACAAAGAAAACUGAGGGAUAUUAAUUAUUUUUGUAAAAAACCCAGGUCAGUUGUGGUCAACAAAUCUGACCAAUCAACGAUUAGUGUUUGAUGUCACGUUAAUUUAAACAAAGUGUUUGUAAUAAGGCUAUCGUCAGAUACACCAGACGCUGCACGUGCGAUAAAAUUCCUAGAUUUUUGUGACAACGAAUGAUUACGGUGUUUUAAGCACAUGCUUAAUGUGAUUUUGGUGCCAAGUUUGAACUGUACCCUUCAGUGCUUGUGACAAUGCCAUGUGUCACUUGUUCAUAUAUCAUAACAAAGACUAGUAAUGUUAUCAACAUCCGAAACCUUCUUUUCGCUCUUCUUGUCGUGGUGACUAUUGAACUUUUGACAUUUAACCCCACAAAAUGUGCUAUGAUGGGAUCUCUUCUUGGACUAUGCUCGGUUCAGAGAUUACGUGGAGGUUCUACCAAAGGCAGACAAAUCAGUUGGAUUUGGACGAAUACAGAACCGGAAACGAAGCUUCCGUUGUGUCCUCUGAUUCCUCCAACCAUAGUGGGAAAGGUUCCAGUAACGACAGCAGUAUAUAGUUGGGAGUCUCUAGAGGAGAAGUUCCAUAACGUUGAGAUGGGAGGUCGGUACCGCCCCACCCACUGUACAGCCCGUCACAGGGUGGCCAUAGUGUUACCCUUCCGGGACCGUGAGAUACACCUGAAAAUCUUGCUCAACAACCUCCAUCCAUUCCUACAGAAUCAGCAGCUUGACUACGCCAUCUUUAUUGUUGAUCUGAUGCCGGAAGUAACCUUUAACAGGGCCAUGCUACUUAACAUUGGUUUCACAGAGGCCCUUAAACAGUAUGAUUACCAGUGUUUUAUUUUCCAUGAUGUGGAUCUUAUACCUGAGAUGGGACAUAAUAUGUACAGCUGUCCAGAGAACCCGCGUCAUAUGUCAGUUGCUAUAGACACAAUGCAUUAUAGAUUGCCGUACAACAAUAUAUUUGGAGGCGUGGUAGCUAUGACAAAGGAGCAGUUUCAGCAGGUGAACGGAUUCUCCAACAAGUACUUCGGAUGGGGUGGGGAAGACGAUGACAUGUUUAACAGAAUACGACAUAACAACAUGUCUAUAACGAGGUACCCUGGCGACGUCUCCCGCUAUAAAAUGCUGUCUCAUAGAAAAGAACACGGAAAUCCAGACAGGUUUCAUUUAUUACAAGGCUCUAAAAAACGAUUGCAAAAGGACGGAUUAAACAGCCUUAAAUACUCGCGCCAAAAGCUCGAACUUCGAAAAUUAUACACGUAUCUGUUGGUAGACAUUGACGAGGUGUAUAUUAUGAGCAAUGGUCUGUACAACCGGAGUCAUCAGCAGCAACACCAACAUCAGUUACAGCAACAGUUCCAGGAGCAACAGGUCGACCAGCAACAUAUAUCGCGUUUACAGAAGGAAAUACAGCAAAUGCAGAACAAAGAAGCUCAAAAAGAACGGAUAGAGCAACGACAAAAACAAAAACAGCAAUUACAAAUGCAAAAUCAACAAAAACAACAAUUACAAAUACAGAAUCAACAAAAACAGGCAAACAAACCGAUACAAUUAAAUGCACAUCUAAAUCAACACGUUCAACAAAAUUUGCAUCAACAACAACCAAUACAAACAAAUGUGCAAAAUAGCAAAAACUUAUUUCAACCAAUUGUACAAAAUUAUCGACCAGAACAACCAAAUUUACCAAAAGAUCAACAAUUAAGACCGAUAAUACUUGACAAUCAACAAAAGCAAUCUAUUGACCAAAACAAUCAACCAAUACAACCAAACCAACAACAAACUCUAAAUCCCAACCAGCAAGUACAACAAAACCAAAAAAUACCAACAAACCAACAACAGAAGCAGCAAAUACAACAAAAACUACAAAGCAUAUUAGGAAUAAAACAAAAUCAACAAAAGAACCAGCAAGUACAACAAAAGAACCAAGACACACAACAAAAUCAACAGCAUAACCUACACAUACAACAAAUGCAACAGCAGAAUCAACAAAUUCAACAAAACCAACAACACAACGAACAAAUACAUCAAACUCAAAAGCCGAAACAACAAAUACAACAAAAUCAACAACAGAACCAAGAAAAUCUACAACAAAACCAAAGAGAACAUCCAAGUAAACAAAACCAAUUAACCCAACAGAAUGCAUUGCCAAAAAUACAAGCACUACCAGAGCAGCAUGCCCAACAAAAUAAUAAUAUCGGUGGCGUUAUAAAACUACCGAACUUAAUCAAACACCCUGGUGUGCGUAUUUGACAACAGUG